UCUGGAGGAGGGUAUAGUUGUAAUCUUGGAUACAUUGAGAGUUGAAAGCGUCAUGAAAGAUGCGAGAGAAUGGCGCCAGCACCGAUUUGGAUCGUUCACUUGCGCACCAACACCUUUCUUCUUCCCAAAGAAAAAGAAACACUGCUCACUCUUCCACUUCCCACUGCCUUGUUUCUUCGUUACUCUUCUGAAACCCUAAACAGCAUAUCGAGUAGAAAACACAGCAAUUUGCAAUGUGGAAUUGGUUUUGGAAGCAGCCACAGCCACCGCCUCCGGUGGUGCUUGUCCCUCCUCUCUUCGAUUUCCCUCCCAUCUCUGCUCGCACGAGGAUGUUGGAGACAUCCUAUAAUGUCUUGUUUGGGAAACUCGCUUUGAAAUGUCUCUUUGAUGAUUACUAUUACCAAGCGAGACAUUUUACCACUAGAAUCAUGCUCAAGCCCAUUGAUGAUCCUCAUGUUGAUCUCAUUGCAACUGUUUCAGGCCCUCUUGAUAAUAGGACAGAAGAGAACAUUACAGGAAAUGCGUUAUUUCGCUGGCAAAGUGAUGUUAAUGAUCCACAUACUUUUAUAGACCUAUAUGUGUCCACGAUUGAUCCGAUUUUGCAGAUGAGAUCGUGUGCUUACUAUCCAAAAUAUGGAUUUGGGGCUUUUGGGGUGUUCCCUAUGAUAUUGAAGAAAAGAGUAGGCUCUGACGAAAGUGGCAUGAUGGGAUUGAGAUAUGGUUCUGGGAAUCUAUCUUUUGGAGUAACACUUUUGCCUUUUGCCACGAAAGAUGAACUUCCAAAAACUGCAUGGCUGGUAAGCAGGAUGGGAAGGAUGACUGCUGGGGUUCAGUAUGAGCCACAACAGGGAAACGCAAAACUCUCUAAUUUGAUGAACUGGAGUUGUGCCAUGAGCUAUGGUGUUGGAUCAGGGAGCCCCUUGAGUCCAUCCUUCAAUUUUGGUCUUGAGCUUGUCAAAAGCACUCAGUUUGUUGCCUCUUUCUAUCAACAUAUGGUUGUCCAAAGACGGGUGAAAAAUCCAUUAGAACAGAAUUCAGUUGUUGGAAUUACAAACUACAUUGAUUUUGGGUUUGAGCUACAAACAAGUGUUGAUGAUGCAAUAGCAGCAAACAAUAUCUCCGACUCCACUUUUCAAAUUGGUGCAUCCUGGCAAGCUAAUAAAAACUUCUUGCUGAAGGCAAAAGUUGGACCUAGUAGCUCAUCACUGGCACUUGCAUUCAAGUCAUGGUGGAAACCUUCUUUCACUUUCAGCAUUUCAGCCACAAGGGAUCGUGCUGAUGGUAAAGUACAAUUCGGGUUUGGUAUUCAAAGUGAAAGUCUUCGAGAAGCCAGUUAUCAAAGAGCUGAUCCUAAUUUUGUAAUGCUCACUCCAAGCAAGGAGCACCUUGCAGAGGGCAUUGUCUGGGAAACAGGGAAGCGACCUAUGCUACAAUCUGACAUAAAUGCUGGGCAUUUUGAUGGCUUGCCAAGAGAAAUGAGACCUCUUGAUAAAUUUUUGUAACUUCUUUUCCUGUUGGCGAUAAUGUAGAGAUUAAGUGUAACAGGUGAAUAUGCUUUCAUAAAGAAUGUAGUGUAGAGUCACCGCAUUCAACCAAUGAGUACCGAGUAGAAUGUUAAUAUGAGAUUUUGCAGUUUAUGGUACGGAUUUUUGCGACUCAUUUUUUUUAGUAAUGGACGAAGUUGUGUAAUAAUUUGUUACGGAGAGGUGAUGUGUUUUAAUCUAAUAUG